AUGGCGUCGUCGCGGGUGAUGGCGUCGUCGUCCCCGCCGCAGCACGCCUCGGACCUCGCGCGAUUCAGGAGCAGCAGCGGCAUCGGAUCCAUGAACAUGGACGACAUCAUCCGCAACAUCUACGGCCCCGAGGCCGUCAACGCCGCCGGCGGCCCGGCGGAGCCCCCUCCCGGCGGCGGCGGCCCCGGAGGCUGCUGCGGCCCGGCGGACGUCGGAGGAGGUGUGGAAGGAGAUCUCCGCAGCCGGAGGGCUCUCGCGCCUGUCCUCCUCCCUCCGCCUCCCGCCGCCUGCUCCGGCACCGGUGUCAGAGGAGGCGGCAGCGGCGCCGCGGAGAUGACGCUGGAGGAUUUCCUCGCCAGGGAUUCCUGCGCCAGGGCGGCGGUCAUGGAGGGGAACAUGGCGCUGGGGUUCCCUGACGGUGACGGAGAUGCGGCGGGGGCAGUAGGAGUAGGCGGCGGGAGGGGAAGCAGGAAGCGGGCGCUUCUGGAUCCCGCGGACCGCGCCGUGAUGCAGCGGCAGAAGCGCAUGAUCAAGAACCGCGAGUCCGCGGCGAGGUCCAGGGACAGGAAACAGGCGUAUGUCGCGGAGCUGGAAUCGCAGGUUAUGCAGCUCGAGGAGGAGCAAGCAGAACUGUUAAGGGAGCAGGAGGACCGACGCCAAAAGAGACUUAAGGAGCUAAUUGAAAGGGUAGUUCCAGUCACCAGGAAAAAAUCAUCACAAGAUCUUAGAAGAACCAACUCCAUGGAAUGGUAG